CCUUGAUACCUGCAUCGUGAAGUCAGAAAUGAGAAGUAGAAGCGUGCCUUGAGCUUGACGUUUUAACUUUCAACUACCUUUCUCAAUUAGUCGUUUUAUUACAGAUUGUAAAUAGUUUGGGGGUGUCAAUUUGAAAAUUUAAUAUACUGACAAAAAUAUGGGUAGUCUUCUGAAAGUAAAGUCAUUGAUAACCAAACAACUGAGUAAUGCCGUCAAGAUAAACUUGGGCCCCCAGACCAUCUCUCGAGCACUCCACAUUCAAGUUGAUCGUAAAAAUGCUAGUGUCAGCGAUACUACCUCAAAAGUCUAUCCAAUCGUAGACCACACUUAUGAUGCCGUGGUUGUUGGUGCUGGAGGAGCGGGCUUACGGGCAGCUUUCGGAUUGGUGCAAGAAGGUUUUAAAACGGCUGUGAUAACAAAACUCUUCCCGACUAGAUCUCACACGGUGGCUGCACAAGGGGGUAUCAAUGCAGCUCUAGGAAACAUGGAGGAAGACAACUGGCAGUGGCACAUGUACGACACAGUUAAAGGCUCCGACUGGCUAGGCGAUCAAGAUGCAAUCCACUACAUGACACGCGAAGCCCCCAAAGCUGUCAUCGAACUCGAAAACGCAGGUAUGCCCUUCUCCCGAACCCAGGAAGGUAAGAUUUACCAGAGAGCUUUUGGGGGCCAGUCGCUCAAGUUUGGUAAAGGUGGUCAAGCUCAUAGGUGUUGCUGCGUGGCUGACAGGACUGGACACAGUCUGCUUCACACUCUGUACGGACAAAGUUUGAGAUACGACUGCAAUUAUUUUGUGGAGUAUUUCGCUUUGGACUUGAUCAUGGAAGGGGGUGAAUGCAGAGGAGUUAUAGCUCUGUGCUUGGAAGACGGCUCUCUGCACAGGUUCCGGGCUAAGAAUACGGUAUUGGCUACUGGUGGUUACGGCAGAGCUUACUUCUCGUGCACGUCCGCCCAUACAUGUACUGGCGAUGGGACGGCCAUGGUCGCCAGAGCGGGCCUACCGUCGCAGGACCUGGAGUUUGUCCAGUUUCACCCCACUGGCAUCUACGGUGCAGGCUGCCUCAUCACCGAGGGUUGCCGUGGUGAGGGAGGUUACCUGAUCAAUUCGGAAGGAGAACGGUUCAUGGAAAGGUACGCUCCCGUUGCCAAAGAUUUGGCAUCCAGGGAUGUCGUUUCCAGAAGUAUGACAAUUGAAAUUAGAGAAGGUCGUGGAUGCGGUCCUGAAAAAGAUCAUGUGUAUCUCCAGCUUCACCACUUACCCGCUGAACAGCUGCACACAAGGUUACCAGGCAUUUCAGAAACUGCAAUGAUAUUUGCCGGAGUUGACGUCACUAGGGAGCCUAUUCCUGUCUUGCCGACAGUUCAUUAUAAUAUGGGAGGUGUUCCGACUAAUUAUAAGGGACAGGUUUUGACUACCGUGAACGAUGAAGACAAAGUCGUUCCUGGAUUGUAUGCUUGUGGUGAAGCGGCAUCCUCUUCGGUUCACGGAGCCAAUCGAUUAGGUGCCAACUCCUUGCUGGAUUUAGUUGUGUUCGGUAGAGCAUGUGCCCUCACCAUUGCUGAGGAGAACAAGCCUGGUGAAGCGAUUGGAAGUAUAAAAGAGAAUGCCGGUGAGGAAUCUGUGGCCAACUUGGACUGGUGCAGGUUCGCCAAAGGGGCCAUCCCGACUGCCGACCUGAGGUUGCAAAUGCAGAAAACCAUGCAGACGCACGCAGCUGUGUUCAGGACAGAAGACACGCUCAAGGAAGGCGUCAUCAAAAUGAGCGACAUCUACGGAAAACUCAAGGAUAUCCGCGUGGCCGACAGCAGCUUGAUAUGGAAUUCCGAUCUGGUAGAAACUUUGGAGUUGCAAAAUUUGAUGUUGAACGCUUGUCAGACAAUCGUGGCUGCUGAGAAUCGCAAGGAAUCCAGAGGAGCGCACGCUAGGGAGGAUUACAAGACGAGGAUCGAUGAGUAUGACUAUAGCAAACCUUUGGAGGGGCAACAAAAGAAACCUCUGAAGGAUCACUGGAGAAAGCACACAUUGACGACAAUUGACGAGAAAACGGGAAAAGUCUCCAUCACUUACAGAGCAGUCAUCGACGAAACAUUGGAUAAAAAAGAAUGCUCAACGGUGCCUCCAGCAAUAAGAUCGUAUUAAUAUUAUUGCUAUUUGUUGAUUAGGUGGAUUCGACAAUGCCAAUUAUUAUUUCGCAUCUCCCUACAUAUACAAGUUCCACAGUAAUCAUCAGCGGGUCAAAAGUAGUCAAUAUACCAAAUAAUAAAACACAGAAAUCUGUAUCGGUUGUUAUAUCUUGUAAUAUUUAUGUACUUACUAAGUGCUUGCUUACCUGAUUUGGGAUAUUUGCGCUGUGUAUCGAAAUUGGCUUUUGUUUUGAUCCUUACGUCCUGGAAAACCACCCAAUCAAAAACUUUUUCAAAAUUAUGCUUACUCAUAACUCAAUGUACUUUUCGAACGGUAGUAUUAAUUUUUUUUUUUUUUGAACUGCUUCUUUUCAUGAAAGUAUUGCACAAUGCUGUAGUAGGAGUAAUUUAUUUGAAAUUUAGGCUUAAGAGUAUUUUGAGUUUUAUUCAAGAGUAUUUUAUAUUGUGAAAUGAUGUUUUAUGGUUGUUACCAGUUAUUGUUUUAAAUAAAGUAUUUUAAGCAAUUG